UGGCAGUGAAAGGGUUACGAGUCACAUGGUAGCGGGUGGUAUUAUCAGCCCGGGGCUGUAGAAAAAAGAAGAAGAAAAAAAGAAAGUCUAUCUGGAGAAAAAAAACUGAGAACAAAGAAAUCUGUCUAUAUAAGUUCCCCCAGAUCCUCCAGCGGUGUGACUCCGGGCUCUGCACUCCGCAAUCAGCUGCGCCAAAAACCAGCUCUCCUGUGCACCACCACCACCACUGCUCCGAUGGCUGCAAUGAUGCGGACUUCUCUGGUCGUGUGCUGCUGUGUUUUUGCGCUGCAGUACUUACAGGUCAUGCUUUGUCUUCCAGCGCGGGGGUCCAGCAGGUACAAAGAGGCACCGGUCUCUGAAAAAUUUCAGGAGCUGAAGAAGAGAGGAAAAGCACCUCACGCUCAGGAACUGGUUAAAGAGGAGCACUCGUUGACAAACAGCACAUUGAACCAUCCCCGCUGCGGCGUACCAGACUACCCCACCAAGGAGGAGUGGCGGCACCGGGGGCGAUACCGCCAGAGACGCUACACCCUGUAUGGACAACGCUGGGACAAGACGGACCUCACCUAUAGGAUUGAUGGAUUUCCUUGGCAGCUUGGAGAGGAAAGGGUUCGAGGUGUCUUUCGGGAUGCAGCGAAGAUCUGGAGUGACGUCACUCCGCUCACCUUUACCGAGGUCCGUAAUGGACAUGCUGACAUUCGCAUCGACUUCAGAAGGUUAUGGCAUGGAGACAACCUUCCCUUCGAUGGCCGGGGUGGCAUUCUUGCUCACGCUUUCUUCCCCAAAACACACCGACAAGGUGAAAUUCACUUUGACGCUGAUGAGUCAUGGACACUCGGAAACCACAUGGGCAUGGACCUUCUCCAGGUUGCCGCCCAUGAGUUCGGGCACGUCCUGGGCCUGCAGCACACCCGUACGAAGGGAGCCAUCAUGUCCCCACACUACUUCUUCGCCGACUUUCCACCCAGAAUAAGCAAUGAUGACAAGUGGGGCAUCCAACACCUGUACGGAUCUCGGAUAGUUCAAGCCCCCGAACCCCAAACCACAACCGCCACCACAACCACUACCACAACUACUACUACAACCACCACCAGCACCACCACCACUACUACUACUGAGAGCAAUGAGAUCUUCCCUACUGGACCCGAUGCCUGCAGGACAAACUUUGAUGCCGUAUCUAUGAUCCGUGGGGAGCUGUUCUUCUUUAAGUCGGGCUACGUUUGGAGGAUCAGGGACGGGCAUCUGGAAAGCGGUUACCCGGCGCUGGCGUCCCGUCACUGGAGGGGGAUUCCCAACAACAUCGACGCCGCCUUUGAAGACAAGUCAGGGAAUAUUUGGUUCUUUCAAGGUGCAAACUACUGGGUGUUUGAUGCUGAGAGGCGGAUCAGGGGGCCGGAGUCCAUCAGGAAUUUGGGCCUGUACGAGUCUGGGAUCCAGGCAGCACUGCGCUGGGGCCAGGACCCCAACUACAACACCUACUUCUUCAAGUCAGGCAACUACUGGAGGUUCAGCCCCCAGGACAACCGAGUCGAGUCUGCCCCGCGCAACAUGCAGGACUGGAUCGGUAUCCCCAACGUCGUGGACGCCGCUUUCCAAGACAUCUACGGCUACGCUCACUUCAUCCAAGGACGGCAGUACUGGAAAUUUGACCCUGUUAACAUGAACUCUUUGGAGGGCUACCCUCGCUACGUCGGCGUGGAUUUCUUCGGCUGCAGAAACGUGUGAUUCUGAAUCUGAGGAUCUUUUUUUUUUUGCAAUGGAGAGGAGUCUCUUUUUUGUCUGUUUGGUUUUUUUGGAGCAAAGACAUUUUUAUCUUUGGAGAAAGAUUCAAAGGAGAUGAAAGCGUCUCCUUUGAAUCUGUUUAUCUUUCAUUUAUUGAUACACAGAUCAAGUACACCUUCUUCUCAGGAAAACCAAGUUGUAUUCCCUCAGACUUGGCACCUCCUGUGCAGCUAUACUCAUAUUUAUUUUGCACAUUUUUGUCACAGUAAGGCUGAGUUCUGGGCCCUUGUCUAACGAUGUGUGCUGUGAACUGCACACUUCUCACCUCCUUUCUCUGAGCCGAAAAGUGAGAUUUUGGUCCGCAGACUGUCCUACUUAGUACCCGUAGUCUGUGUUUUCAUCAUGGAUGGACUUCUGCUAACCCUAUGAGGGUCUGAAGAGCGACAUCAAACUUUGUACAUGAGCUGCUGUAGGUGGCAGUCAGAGUUUUGUUUGAACGAUGUAACCCAGGAGCCACUCAGCAGGAAUGUCAGCGAGCAACAAUUUCAGCUAUGCUUCCCUUUUUUACAGACAUGAUUGCACAUGUAGUUGAUUUUCCUGCCAACCUGACUCCCAUUAACCAUAAUUCAAAACCACCAAAUGUAUAAAAAGAUGGACAGCCCACAGGUUAGUCCCAUUGUGAAGCCUCGAGCUGAGCAUUUCUCAAAAGAACGCAAUGUUACACAAUCUCACAAGCGUGAACAUUUAUCGUCCUUUAUGACUGCAGGGAAAAGUGUAAUUUAUACCCCAUGUUGUAUUCUGUAUGGCUUUAAUUUGGCAAAUGAGGCCAUAAACUCAUUAGGUUAAAAUUAUAUUUGAUCUAGCUUUAUGUGCAUCUCUUAUAUACAGCCUAUGAUCAAAACACACCCAGAUGUGAGAGACAUUUGGCAGUUAUGGCAAAUGUAGUGUGGGCCAGAUGUGUCUCAGAUAGGACACAGAUUUGGUUUGGGCCACAUCUGGCCAGAUUCACCAUCACUGCUGGCCCAAACCAGAACCAAAGAACAUCUGUGCCAAACAUUCAUUGCUGUUAGAUACCAAAAAUAUAGUGCAGAUAGCAUUACCAUAAUAUUUUAUUCAUGCAUUAUUCAGUUGUUCUUUUCAGAGCUCAUGUUUUCAGACACGUGAGUCAUGACGAUUUAUGCCACGUUUCCUUUGCACUUUAUCUAAUUUAAACUUUUUAUCCAUACGAAAACCAGAAACUUCCAAGAUUAUAGCAGUCUAAGUUUGUAAUAUUUCAAGCUCCUAUUUAAAUUCUUUUCCAUACACCCACAGAAAAUUUAGAUAAAAUUAGAUACAGAAAAAUGAAUGAAACAAGCCAAAGAAUGAAGAAUCAAAAAGUAACACUGUAACCACUCAGUUUGCUUGCUUUGACAGAUUGAAACCACAUACCGAUGCACCUCCUACAGCUUGUCAGCCUUGCUAGAGGUGAAGCUAGCCACAACCAAAGGUAGCCAUGAUGUGACAGUUAGUUUUGGUUGGUCACUUUCAGACAGUGGCCAUAAAUAACAUGUAUGUUCUUCCUUAAAGUUUGCUCAGAGGUCUUAAACUAACUCAGGUGUGAGUCACUGAAUAAAUAUAAGAAACCCAGCUCCUCCUCUGGGUCAGAACACGUAACAUCAGCAACGUUUCAUCAGUGUCCGCUCCACUGCUGUUUCAGACGAGGAGGUUUUGCCUUUACUUUUUAUAUUUGGACAAAAGGUUUCAGAUACUUUUCUUCCUGGCAUUAGUAAAUAUUUUAGAUGUUUUAUACAGUGCAAGGUCUUAAAAAAGCGAAUGCCAUUGCUGCACAUCAUGUUUUGAUGUCACUCUUCUACCACGAUGGUGUGAAGCUCUCACUUGCUCAGCGUGCAGCCACCUGUUGCAGGAAAAGCUGCAGGGCGCCAUCUAGAGUGUAACACUGUCAACCACCUCAGAGACUAUGGUCACUCUUUGUGCCAUCUUUGAAGUCAUUGCGUCACCAUCUGUAACAUGGUGCUCUUUUCUGUUUCAUUAGUAAGAGGUUUGGGGAUAGCAGCUGCUGUGGAGAUCAACCUGGUAAUAAAACAUUUUAAAAAAAAAUUGACUUUAAAACUAAAUUUGAGCUGAAAAUGUUGUUGCAGCAAUAAGAAAGUUAAAUUUGGUUUCGUCUGUACCAGAGUUCAAAUACUAUAUUGGUGCAAUCUGAAAUAAUAAAUAUGCAAAAGUGUUCAAGGAUCAACUCGAAGUCAAAAUUUUAAAUAUUUAACAUAAAACUGUAAAGAAAAUACUUUCCAUCACUGCCGGAAAGUAAAAGUAAUUCAACGACAUGAAAAACUCUGGUUGUGACUCCUCCGUAGGUCAGCGCCCCCCAGGUUGAGAACCAUUGCGCCAUCACUUCCUCUGACGACCUCUCUGCUGCGUCCCCGAUGCAGCGCUUGAAGGCUCAGUGCAGGACACUGACGAGUUUUAACAGCUCUCAUUGUUGUUUGAAUCAUUUCUGCAACCCGUGAACUCUGCUUUCAAACAUAUUUAUACACAAACAGCUUAGGAAAAUGUUCCUGUAUAUACAUGUCUUUAAUAUUGUUUUUAAUCUUUUGUAGCCUUUACCCUGUUCAUUGAAAUGUAUGACCUGCGUAUUGUUUUCUGUUUUUUCUAAGUUACUGAAAUAAAUUCAUAACCUUUUUAUCAGUCUGGCUCUGGAGAGAUUCAAAAUCAGAAACUGAUGCAGACACUUUAAAACAGAAAUUCACAUACUAUCGCAUUCUGUAAGAUAUAUUUCUGUAAAAGUAAUUACAGUUUUGAUUGCAAAGGUUAACCCGUAACUCAGCCUGACAUUUUGUGUUUAUGCAAGCCUUAAAAACUCCUCGCAAGGAUUUUAAAUAAUAUUGCAGGAGUUUGUUUGAAGCGGUGGGCUAAUGGGCCUUCUCUACAAGUCAGGGAUCUUACAUCACUCCAGUGAAACUCCAUCUGGAAAAGUACAACAAACAUUAGAAAUUAUGCUGGCAGGGUGGGGAAAGCCAAACUCUAAUACCUGUCUGUUUGCCAGGAAUAAAGCAUGAUGUGGAUUGCA